AUGUUGACAAGACACUUUACAUCAUCUAAUCAAAUACGUACUUCACCCAGAUAUCUAAUUGUACAACAACAACAACAACAACAGUAUAAGCAUUACUCAACAACAACAAAGAUGUCAAACAAAGCAGGAGCAACUGCUGAGAAUAACAAGCAGAAACCAGAGGACACAAUCUUUGCCAAGAUCGUUGCUGGUACCAUCCCAUGCAAGAAGGUCUACGAGGAUGACUUUUGUCUUGCCUUUGACGACUUGAACCCAGUGGCACCAGUCCAUGUCCUUGUCGUACCCAAGACACCACUAGGUGGUAUCCAUGAUGCCACCGAAGAGCAUGCUGUUGCACUUGGCAAGUUGAUGGUCAACAUCCCAAAGAUCGCCACUAUCAAGGGUCUCGAAACCUAUAGAUUGGUUGUCAACGAAGGUGCUGAUGCAGGUCAAUCAGUAAGAUGGUUGCACAUCCAUAUCAUUGGAGGCAGAGGAAUGAACUGGCCACCAGGCUAA